AUGUCCUUCCGUGGCCGAGGGCGCGGCCGCGGCGGCGGUUCAAAGGGCAACACGCGCUUCACGGGCAAGCGUGCUGCAUUCCGUCCAGGCGGCGGCGGUAACCGACCAGCACCAAACCGCGACGACGACGGCACAGCACUGCAGGAGCGCUUUGAAGAGACCAAGGUCGCCGACGAGAUUGACGACAAGCUCGGUUUCUGGCGCUUUGAGAGUAACCUUGCGAACGGUGACUCGCGCGACGGAUGGCUGGUCAACAUGCACCAGGCGCUGGUACAGUCCGAUAUCCAUGCUAGCGGACUGGCAGCGGUCGACUACUACUUUAUCCAGGAUGACGGCGGCAUGUUCAAGGCGACGAUCCCGUACCAGCCGUACUUCUACGUUACCUGUCGAGGAGGCACAGAGACAAUUGUGGAAGAGUGGUUGAUUAAGAGGUUUGAGGGAGUUGUCGUGCGAGUGCAACGAGAGAAGAAGUGGGACCUCAGUGUCCCCAACCACCUGCUUUCAGCACCACCAGUCUUUCUCAAGAUCUUCUUCCACAACACGCAGGACUUUCAGAACGUCAAGAGGGAACUCCUCCCCCUGGCAGUAGCCAACUCGGCCAAGUUUACUGCUGUCGAUGCGUAUGCCGACGUCGUUGGUGCCGAGAACGCAACAAACGCGGCCAACGGCGAUGGCCAGGAGCGCGCCUGGGGAGAGGACGAAGAUACCCAGAAGCGCAAGUCUGAGCGGGAGCCGGCAGACUGCAUCAUCGACAUUCGCGAGCACGACAUUGCAUACUACUUGCGAGUCGCCAUUGACCUCGACCUUCGUGUCGGUCUGUGGUACAAUGUCAGCUCGACCAUGGGCACCAUCAAGAUGGAGCGCCUCACAGACCGUGUCAAGCGUGCCGAGCCAGUCGUCAUGGCCUACGAUAUCGAGACAACAAAGCAGCCCCUCAAGUUCCCCGACCAGCAGACCGACCAGAUCAUGAUGAUCUCGUACAUGAUCGAUGGCCAAGGUUAUCUCAUCACCAACCGCGAGAUUGUCGGCGAGGACAUUGAAGACUUUGAGUACACACCAAAGCCCGAGUACGAGGGCGAGUUUACAAUCUUCAACGAGCCAGACGAGGCGGCAUUGAUACGACGCUGGUUUGAGCAUAUCCAGGAUUCCAAGCCAACUGUCAUGGCCACCUACAAUGGUGACAGCUUCGACUUUCCGUUCGUCGACGCCCGUGCCAAGAUCCACGGCAUCAGCAUGUACAACGAGAUUGGAUUCCGACCAGACAACGAGGGAGAGUACAAGUGCCGCGCGUGUAUGCACAUGGACUGCUUCAGAUGGGUGAAGCGUGACUCGUAUUUGCCACAGGGCUCUCAAGGUCUCAAGGCCGUCACAAAGUACAAGCUCGGCUACAACCCCAUCGACCUCGACCCCGAGCUCAUGACGCCGUAUGCCAUUGAGCAGCCCCAGAAGCUUGCAUCGUACUCGGUUUCCGACGCCGUCGCCACCUACUAUCUCUACAUGAAAUACGUCAACCCCUUCAUCUUCUCGCUCUGCAACAUUAUCCCUCUCAACCCGGAUGAAGUCUUGCGAAAGGGCUCUGGAACGCUGUGCGAGACCCUGCUAAUGGUCGAGGCCUAUCAGGCGCACAUUAUCAUGCCCAACCGUCACGAGGACCCACAUGGUGUCACGUACGAGGGACACUUGCUUGCCUCGGAGACCUACGUUGGUGGUCACGUCGAGGCCCUCGAGGCUGGUGUCUUCCGUUCUGACAUUCCGACCCACUUCAAGGUCGCCCCGUCGGCCAUGCAGGAGCUCCUGGACGACCUGCACAACGCUCUAAAGUUCUCCUUGGUCGAAGAAGGCAACGUCAAGUUGGAAGACGUCGAAAACUAUGACGAGGUCUACGACGAGAUUGCCAAGGCUCUCAUCCUCAUGCGCGACGAGCCCAACCGCGUCGACCCUCCUCUCAUCUAUCACUUGGAUGUGGCUGCCAUGUACCCUAACAUCAUGUUGUCAAAUCGUCUUCAACCCGAUUCAGUAAAGGACGAGGCGGCGUGCGCAGUCUGCGACUACAACCGACCCGACAAGGUGUGCGACCGUCGUCUCGAGUGGGCCUGGCGUGGCGAAUACUUCCCGGCCAAGCGUGACGAGGUCAACAUGGUUCGCUACGCUCUCGACCAGGAGCUCUUCCCGCCCAAGUAUCCCAACGACCCCAAGCGCCGUUUCACCGACCUGCCACAGGCUGAGCAGUCGGCCCUCAUCCACAAGCGUCUCGGCGACUACUCGCGCAAGGUUUACAAGAAGACUCACGAGACAAAGGUCGUGACCAAGACGGCCAUCAUCUGCCAGCGCGAAAAUUCCUUCUACAUCGACACUGUGCGCGCCUUCCGUGACCGUCGUUACGAGUACAAGGGUCUGCACAAGACAUGGAAGAAGAACCUCGACAAGGCGUUUGACGAAGGAGGCGCUCUCCCCCGCGGUCGACGAGGCCAAGAAGAUGAUUGUGCUAUGGCCCGCCAGCUGGUGGAGCAGAUUGGCCGUCCUCUCGAACUCGACACGGACGGUAUUUGGUGCAUGCUUCCCGGUGUGUUCCCGGAAAACUUCACCUUCAAGCUCAAGGGCGGCAAAAAGUUUGGUAUCUCGUACCCAUGCUCCAUGCUCAACCACCUCGUGCACGAAAAGUUCACCAACCACCAGUACCACGAGCUGGUCGACCCAGAGGCGGGCGUCUACAACGUUCGCAAGGAAAACUCCAUCUUCUUCGAACUCGACGGUCCUUACAAGGCCAUGAUUCUUCCCUCGUCCAAGGAGGAGGACAAGCUCCUCAAGAAGCGCUAUGCCGUAUUCAACUUUGACGGUUCCCUUGCGGAACUGAAGGGUUUCGAGGUCAAGCGUCGAGGAGAACUGCAGCUUAUCAAGAUCUUCCAGUCUCAGAUCUUUGACAAGUUCCUGCUGGGUUCUACUACCGAAGAGUGCUAUGCUGCUGUUGCCGAGGUGGCCGACCAGUGGCUCGACAUUCUGCAGAGCAAGGGCUCGAGUCUGGACGACAAUGAGCUGGUCGAGCUUAUCGCCGAGAACCGCUCCAUGUCCAAGACCCUUGCCGAGUACGGCAGUCAAAAGUCGACUUCGAUCAGCACGGCCCGUCGUCUCGCAGAGUUCCUGGGUGAGCAGAUGGUCAAGGACAAGGGUCUCUCUUGUCGCUUUAUCAUCUCGGAGCGGCCACACGGUGCUCCCGUCACUGAGCGCGCCAUCCCGGUCGCCAUCUUUGACGCCGACCCGACAGUCAAGCGCCACUUCCUUCGCAAGUGGGUCAAGGACGCCAGUCUCAUCGACUUUGACAUUCGUACCAUCCUCGACUGGAGCUACUAUACCGAGCGCCUCGGCUCGGUUAUUCAGAAGCUCAUCACCAUCCCUGCGGCUCUGCAAAAGGUUGCCAACCCAGUCCCUCGUAUCCGCCACCCGGACUGGCUGUUCCGCCGUGUCGCCACUCGCGAGGACAAGUUCCAGCAGCACACCCUCACCGACAUGUUUGCCAAGAUGCGCACCAAGGCCGCAGACAUGGAGGACUUUGGCACCAACAAGACGGCCAACAAGCCCAGGAUGGCGGUUGUCAACAGGCGUAAAAAGGCCAAGAGCCCCGAGAUUGAGGAAAUCGCACCAGACCCAGAGGUCGACUACCCUGGUUACAUUCGUGUCAUGCGUAAAGUCUGGCGCAAGAACCGUCUCGAGAAGCAGCGUCUUCGCAAACAGGGUAUCCGCCAGGACUUUUCGAUCUCGUCCAUGAUCCGGACACAGACUGCCAACCUCGCUGCACGCCAGUGGGACAUUAUCCAGAUUGCAGCCACUACUCGCCCCGGCGAGUUCCUCCUCUGGCUCGCGAUCGACACCACUUUCCAAAGCGUUCGUCUCCGUGUUCCUCGCGAGUUUUACCUCAAUUUCAAGUCGAUGCCAGGUGACGACACGUUCUCCAGCCGCUACGACGUCGCGUCCGUUACGCGUGUUCUCCCUCGUGGCCAGGCCACGCGUCACCUGUAUCGCGUUCAGGUCGAGGAGGGCCUGUUCGUCGACGGCGAGUCACACUUCUCGAGUCUGAUCAACAAUCCCAACAUUGACGGCGCGUUCGAGUUGCAAGUGCCACUCAUGGUGCGCGCUCUCCUCGCCCUCGGUACCGCUUGCGGUCUCAAGUCAACCUCGCUCAGUGGCCUGAACCGCGGUCUCGACAAGGGUUUCGACCUUGCUGAACUGGAACGUCCGGGCGCCAGUGUCCUCCGCCAUCGUUACCUCAACGACGGCAAGAACCUCAAGUACCACUUCCUGUUCCACGCCACCGUCAACUCGCGCCACCUCAUCGGUCUCUUUUCACCUACAGGUCCAGCCAAGGUUUACGUUGUCGACGGCGCUCGUAACCGCCAGCAGCUUCCUAACCCAGCACGCUGGUACGCCGAGCGCGUCGCCAAGGCUGCCCCCGGUAUCUUCACCUACCCCGAGGAGCUCGAGUGCGCCACAAGCUACUACCCUACCGAGGCGGGGGCGAUGCGUCAGCUCAUCAAGGACCUGCAGGCGAUUCGCACAGGCAUGAAUGUCAUCGCCCUGUGCUCGCCCUUCGAACACGCGCACUACCAGGCCCGCCACGCCGUCUUCUCCGAAUUCCCCUUUGUGACCAUUCGCACGAUCAAGGACGAGGAGCCUUCGCUCAUGUGGCUCGUCACCAUGGCGCGCCGAAUGGUGGUGCAGUAUCUUCGUCUCUCGGCUUGGAUCGCCGGACAAAUUGAGAUUGCCGCGCACUACGACGUGCCUAUGGGAAACCUCGGCCCUGACCCUCCCACUUUCCUUGCCGAUCUCGAGUUUGCCCGCCGUCUCAAGGACCAAGACAUGGUCCUGUGGUGGUCGCAGUCGCCCCGUCCCGAUCUCGGAGGAGCAGAAGAGGACGCCAACGGCAGCGACGAGCCUGUCGCGCCACAGAUUUCGACUCGUGGCUGCUACUCGUCGGUUGUGCUCGAGAUGGAGCUCGCGGACAUGGCGAUCAACGCUGUCCUCCAGUCGGCCUUGGUCAACGAGAUGGAAGGCAGUGGCACAGGUGCCCACGCCUUUGGCACGGCUUCCCACAACCUCGACGAGUAUGCGCAGGGUACGGCCAACGCGAGCGUCAUGCUCGGCGACGCUGUUCUCUCCAUCCAGACCUUUACCGUUCUCAAGAGCAUGGUGCGCAGCUGGUUCCUUGACAAGUCGCGUGCCCACGUUCGCGGCAUUGAGGGGGGUCCCGCCGACCUUGUCAUUGACCAGUUCUGGCGCUGGAUCAGCUCCAACUCGAGCUGCAUGUUUGAGCCGGCCCUGUAUCGCUUCCUCCACGGUCUCAUGCGCAAGACUCUCCUGCAGCUGCUUGCAGAGUUUAAGCGUCUUGGAACGCAGGUUGUGUACGCAGACCUCAACCGCGUCUUCCUACUCACGUCCAAGCCAGACGCUGGCAGCGCGUUUGCCUUUGCAAAGUAUCUCGUCACUGCUGCAAACUCGCACGACCUGUUCCGCCACAUCGUCAUCGACGUCACCUUGUUCUGGAACUACCUCGCCUGGAUGGACGUGGCCAACUUUGGCGGUGUCCGCAUCUUCCCCGACGAGGCUGGUACCGGCCUCCCGGCUCCCAAGCAGUUUGAGAUCAGCAUGGACUGGAACAUUCAGGCGUUCCUUCCUGCCGAGCUCCAGCCCAUGUUUGAGCGUCGUGUCGCCGACUAUAUCUACGCCCUGUAUACGGCCAAACGCAACGCCACCGACGGCCGUGGUCCGCUCAAGCCGGUUUACAACCUCAACAUUGAAGCGCCGGGCGAGGCGGCUCCUGCACAGACCAACCCGGCAAAGGUGAAGGAGCAAGCUGCCGCCGCCAAGGCAGUGUCCACCACGCUUACCCGCAAGCUCCUGGACGACACGUCAAAGAUCAAGCGCCGCCACGCGACUGCCCAGGCCAACGGUGACGACACUGCGCUCGCGUUCCCCAGGCUUCCGGGCGCGGUCGCGGCCAACCAGAAGACUGAGAACGCGGCCUUGGCGUUUGUCAAGGAUGUGUGCGAGGUGUACUCACUGUCCACCGAUCUCCUUAUCGACGUCCAGGUCCUCCGCCGCAACUUGCUAGACCUCGUCGGUGUCCGCGAGUUUGCCCCCGAAGCCGCGUUCCGCAACCCAGGCGAAAGCCUUACCGUGCCCAUGGUCUCGUGUGGACGCUGCAACGCCAUUCGCGACGUCGACCUCGGCCGUGACCCCGACUGCUUGCCCAGCGUCAACCAGGCAGGCGAGGCCCAGGCCCCACCACGCGACAUGUGGGCGUGCCACAAGUGUGAUGCCGAGUACGACCGUUUCGCGAUCGAGCACCCGCUCAUUGACAUGGUUUCCCGUAUCGUCACCUCGUGGCAGACCCAGGACGUCAUUUGCCAAAAGUGCAGCCAGAGCAAGAGCGAUAACCUGGCCCCCACCUGCCACUGCGGUGGCGCUUUCCGUCCCUCCCUCAACCGCUCCGAGCUCACCAACAAGCUCAAGAUGAUCCAGAGUGUUUCCCAGUACCACAAGCUUACCAUGACCGGCGAGUACGUCGCCGACGUCCUCACCCGCUGGUAA